AUGGGCGGUGGAGACGGGAGGCUCGUCUGCCCCGUUCUCACUCUCAGCCCCCAACCCACCUUGCACUCUCAAUCUCAGACCCCUUCUCACUUUCACUCUCACUCUCAGCCCCCCUCUCACUUGCACUCUCACUCUCAGACCCUUUCUCACUUUCACUCUCACUCUCAGCCCCCUUCUCACUUGCACUCUCACUCUCAGUCCCCUCUCACUUCCACUCUCACUCAUACUAUCACUCUCACUGUCCCUUUCCACCUUCACUCUCCCUCUCACUCAUGCUCUUACUCCCCCUCUCACCUUCACUUUCACUCUCCCUCUCACUCAUGUUCUUACUCUCCUUCUCACCUUCACUUUCACUCUCUCUCUCACUCAUGCUACCACUCUCCCUAUCACUCAUGCUUUUCACUCCCACUCUCACUCCCAUCGUCCACUUCACUCCCUUCUGCAUGUGCAUCUCUGGUCUCGCCCUCCACCACUCCCUCCUUUUCUUUAACCACCACUCCCUCCUUUUCCUCCCUCCACCACUCCCUCCUUUUCUUUAACCACCACUCCCUCCUUUUCUUUAACCACCACUUCCCUCCUUUUCUCCCUCCACCACUCCCUCCUUUUCUCCCUCCACCACUCCCUCCUUUUCUCCCUCCACCACUCCCUCCUUUUCUUUACCACCACUCCCUCCUUUUCUCCCUCCACCACUCCCUCCUUUUCUUUAACCACCACUCCCUCCUUUUCUCCAACCACCACUCCCUCCUUUUCUUUAACCACCACUCCCUCCUUUUCUUUAACCACCACUCCCUCCUUUUCUCCCUCCACCACUCCCUCCUUUUCUCCCUCCACCACUCCCUCCUUUUCUUUAACCACCACUCCCUCCUUUCUCCCUCCACCACUCCCUCCUUUUCUUUAACCACCACUCCCUCCUUUUCUCCCUCCACCACUCCCUCCUUUUCUUUAACCACCACUCCCUCCUUUUCUCCAACCAACCACUCCCUCCUUUUCUUUAACCACCACUCCCUCCUUUUCUUUAACCACCACUCCCUCCUUUUCUCCCUCCACCACUCCCUCAUCCACUCCCGCAUCAACUCUCACCAUCCUGUCCUCUUCCUCCUCCACCCUCCCUCCUUCAGCUACACCCUCGUCAGUUCCUCUCUGUGCAAAUCCUCCACUUCCUCACGUCCCCUGCUGCUCCCUCUCCCCAUCCUCUUCCCUCUCCUCCUCCGAUUCACCUCCGCCUCCCUCUCCUCCCACUCGUCCUCCCUCUCCUCCUUCUCCUCCUCCUUCUCCUCCCCUCCCUCUCCCCCCACUCCUCUUUCUUCUCCUCCUGCUCCUCUUUCUCCUCCUCCUGCCCCUCUUCCCUGCCCACAUGCUCCUCACUCUCACCAACUGGCAGAUUCACCUCCCCUUCCAUGUUUCCUGCUGCUGCUGUGCUGCUUCCUUGCAGACCCUCUUUUCCCUCUCUCUCCUUAUCCUCUCCCUCCUCCUCCCCCACUCUUCCAGCCUCCUCAUUCUUUCCAUCUUCGUCCCUCCUCUCUCCCCAUUCCAACCUCCUCCCCCACCGUCCCAAUCUCCUCUCCCUCACUACCUUCACCCUCCCGAUUCUCUCUGUCCUCCACCUUACCUCACUCUCUCCAUCCACCUCGCCAACCCCCUCACUCCCUCCCUCACUCUCUCCUCUACACCUCCAGACCCCACAUCAUCCUCCUCCCACUCACCCACACCGGACCCCACAUCACUCCACUCCUCGCUCUCCCAGUCACUUCCUGCCACCAGCCCAUCCGCCUGUGCUGCUACACCACACCUCCCACAGCCAACACUUGA